AUGGAUUUGGGAAAAAAACAUGGCGAUCCAACUAUUACUUUGAAGCUUGAUUUGAAGAAAGCAUAUGAUUCUGUUGAUUGGGAUUUUAUUCAGAAAGUGUUACAAGGACAUGGGUUUAGUGACAAAUGGAUCAAAUGGACUAAUGUUUGUAUUAAUUCUCCAAAAUUCUCAGUUCUGUGUAAUGGUGUUCCAGCUGGUUCCUUUUCUGCUUCCAGAGGUAUAAGACAAGGCUGCCCUCUCUCUCCUUUGUUAUUUGCAUUUGUCACAGAAUACUUCAGUAAUUUGAUGGAGACUGCUAUUGUUGAGGGUAAGAUCAAAGUGUCAAAGGCUGUGUCACAGAAAAAUAUGAAGAUCUCUCAUACUUUUUAUGCAGAUGACUUAAUGGUGGUCAAAGCAGACAUUCCUACUGUCAAAGCUAUUGAUGAGCUUCUCCAACAGUUUAAAGAAGCCACCGGACUUCAGGUAAAUAAAGAGAAAAAUUCUGUUAUUUUCUCUAAAUCUGUCAGAGGUAGAAGAAGGAUCUCCAACAUCCUACGAUUUCAAACUGAAAACUUUCCUUUCAAAUACCUUGGCUUACCUUUGUCUAACAACAAUUUAAGAACUGGUGAUUUCAGAAUGCUUGUGGAUAAAAUUAAUGGGAGGUUAACUCAUUGGAAUACCAUCAAUCUAUCUAUCGCAGGAAGGAUUGAAUUGUUGAGGUCAGUUCUUUAUUCUUAUCUGUAUCACUGGGUUUUUGGAUUUAAAAUUCCUUGGGAGGUCAAAGUUGAUUUAGAAAGGAGAUUCAAAUGUUUCUUGUGGAGUGGAAAAUCAGAUGUUAAAAAGAUUUCUCAGUUGAAAUGGAGUCAGGUGACCUUGCCAAUUUCAGAGGGAGGCUUUGAUCUUAGAAAAAUUCAAGACAUAGAUGUGGCUGCCAAAAUGACUUUAUGCUGGGAUUUUGUUCAGAAAAAGAAUAAGACGUGGAUUCAGUGGUUGCAUGCAAGGUAUCUUCAAAGAGUGUCUUUUUGGAAUGUUGUUCCAAAACUUACUGAUUCCCCUAUUUGGAAACAAAUUCUAGGGGUUAGACAAUUGAUUUUACAAAACUUAAGUUCAGAAUUGGAGAUGGGCUACAGUUCAGGUUCAGAUAUUAUAGGCUGGAAAACUGGUAGUUUCUCUCUGAAGGCAGCUUGGAAUUCAUGUAGAUUCAUAAACCCAACUUUGAAUUGGUGUGAUCUCUGUUGGAAGCACUGUAGGCCUCGAAUAGCAGUGGUGGUGGGCAUUAUUUUACACAACAAGAAUUUAUCCUUGAUUAAUUUGCAAAAACGAGACAUCACUAUUACUGCUAUAUGUCACAACUGUACGAGGAAUGUGGACUCCAAUGAUCAUCUUUUCUGUACUUGCAACUAUGCUCAACAGGUUUGGCAUGAGAUUUUUUCCCUUCUUCACAUUGAUAAUCCACAUUGCAUUUCUCUGAUGCAAAUGGUGGAAUGGUUUGGACAGCAGACCACUACUGAUUCUAAAUUUCUACCAAAUCAAAAGUGUUGA